AUGUGGUUCGAGGCCGGAGUCGUCGCGCUCCUGGUUGCGCUGGGGGUCGUCCUCGUUUUUCGUCAGUUCGACCGUAACAACCGGUCGCUGGAAAAAGUAAAGCGCUACGGCGACCGGGUGAUGAACACCCUGUCGACCUUCGUGGAGAAAAAGAGUUCCGAAAUCAAGGAUCUCGCGAUCGAGGUGCAGGUCAGCGUAAAGCAGGGCAAGGAGUUGCUGCGUUCCGUGCGGGAAGUUCAAGAGGAUCUGGCCGCGCGCAGCCGCGACCUCGAGGAGCGCUCCGUGGAGAUCGAGGCCAUCCGCAGCCGUAUCGACGGGUACGACACCGCGCUGGCCGAGCUGGUGAACAUGAGCGAGCGGGUGGACGACAACCUGCGGCGGUUGCGCGGCGAGGACGAACGGCUGCGCCGGGUCGACGAACAGCGCACGGCACUGCAGGAGCGUCUGGCCGGCCUGGACUCGACGGCGGCCUCGGUCGAAGGGCGACUCAGGCACGUCGAGGACACGGCAGAGAAGGCGCUGUCGGACAAGCUCACCGACUUCGAGCAGAAGUUCGUCGCCGAGCUGCGUAAGCGCAGCGAAGACCUCGAAGCCCGACACUCGGGCUGGCAAGCGGAGAUGGACCAGCGCAUCGGCAGUCUGCAGGCCGAGGGGAGCGCGCGUACCGAUGAGGCGGCAGCGGAUCUGGCGCGGGCGCUGCACGAUCGCACGGACGAUCUGCAACGGCGCUCGUCGGCCGAGAUCGAACGCAUGAGCGCGACCGUAGACGGAUUCGACACGCAGAUCACGCAGCGAUUCGCCGCCCUGGAUGCGGAGUUGACCGAGAUGGCGGGGCGGCUCACCAUCUUCACCGAUCAGACCCCCCUCCUGGAGCGCGCCGACCGCAUGCGCGAGCACCUGGAACGGCUGGACAAGAGGUAUGCCGACGUGCAGCGGCAGAAGCACGCGGUGGCCGAGAUGGAGAUGGAGCUGAACCGGGCCACGAAGCUCGGCGAGGAGGUUUCGGUCAGGCUUGCGCGGUUGUCGGCGGAUCGUCACCGCGUGGAAUCGAUGGAGCGCGACUUCCAGCGAUUGCUCGCGAUAGCGGAGGACAUGGACAUCAGGCUGACCACGGUGGAGACGGGCCGGCAGGCCGCACAGGACGUGCAGGCGAAGCUCCAGAAGCUGGGCGAACUCGCCGAUGCGGUCGACGCACGGUACCAGCAGCUCUCGCACAAGCAUGAGACGGCAGAGGCGACGUCCAGUGGUGUGGAUCGCAAUUUCGAGCUGCUCAAUCAGCUCGAUGAACAGGUCAUCGGGCUGCGGCCCGACGUGCUCAAGCUCGCGGCCGGGCUGGCCGAGCUGCAGAGCCGCGUCGAUGCGCUGGCGAACAACAAGGAGAGCGCGGAUGCCGUGAUCCGCAGCCUCGAUGGCGUCGACGGAUUGCUGGGUGAUCUGCAGAGCCGCACCGAGCGGCUGAUGACGGCCAGAGAAUGGCUGGCACGGGCGGAAACCCGGCUGGAACAGAUCGGGCAGCAGGCGCGCGCAUCGGUACGCGAGCUCGAAUCGCUGGCCGGGUCGCGGUCGGAGGACAAUGACGGGGGCGGCGGUUCGCGACCGGCGGUCGACAACCGCGAGACGGUGAGCAAGCUCGCCGGACAGGGAUGGUCGAUCCCGGAGAUCGCCCGCGCGACCAAGUUGAGCCGAGGUGAGGUGGAGUUGAUCCUGGAGGUGGAACCCGCGACCGGCGUUCGCUCCAACGGCUGA